AUGACUUCUCAUUCCCUACCAGAUCAAUAUACUGGAAUGACUGGUACGGCACGUGCCUUUCAAUUGUUAAAUUCGGCUGGUUGUUGGUCGGAUCAACUUUUCGAUGUACUUUCUUUAAAUAUUUUAAGUCAAAUUACUGCUAUUUCGCCGAAGGCAACUUACUACCCAGAAGAUCUUACGUGUAUGGUAACAAUAAAAUGGAAUUUGAAUAGUUUACCUUAUUCAAUGCAACGUUUUGGUUAUUAUUUAACAGCAAAAAAGCUUAUCGACCUAUUUCUUAUCAUUCGUGGUUUGUUAUCAUCAGAAGUUCUGUUGGUUGCUUUGAAAAAACGAUAUCGAGUUAAUUAUGGUAUUAAUCCAAAUUCUUAUUUUAAUCGUUUAAUGGCUGUACCAUUUCGUGCAAAAGAUAUUAUAGCUGACAAAACUGAAUUCGGUCGUCCUGAUGUUGCUUUAGUAUUAACACAACUCUCAUAUUAUUAUUCAGGUUUAAACGAUUCACAAUUGAUUCAAUGUUUCGUUCGUUUAAGUAAAACAGAAAGUAAUCCUGCAUCUACUUAUGAACAAUGGAUUCCAGCUGAAGAGCAAGAUGGAGUACCUUUAAGUAUCAAACAAUGGAAAGGAGUUAAUUUAAAAGAUUACCAACAACAAACUCAGGAUAUCUUUUCCACUCUACGAUACAAUAUGUUAGUUGUCAAUUAUUUUCUGAAUCAUUUUGUAUUUCCUCGAGAAGCGAAACAAUUUCCUCAUAAAUUAGUUUCAUCAGCUUUGGACUUGUCUUCAUCUUUACGAUCAAAAAUAACAACUGGAUUUAGUGGCACUAAUGAUACACAAUUAUUAUUUCCAGUUCAUAUUCAACAAUAUGAUUUACUUGAACUUCAGAAAACCGAUGCCAUUGUUGUUAAUAAUUUUUUACAACCUGAAAGUGAAAGUUAUCAAUCUUUACCAAUCAAUGCUACUUCAAAUGAGAUUUUAGAUCAAAUUAUUGCUUAUGCUGUUUAUCUUGAAUUCGAUUCAAUUGUUGCUUGUGAUCGUCAAUUUCAUCAUCAACGAUUAGAUCAUUGUAUAUUUUAUUUAGAUGAAAUUCAUAUGAGAGGAAUCGAUUUUAAAUUUCCAAAUGAAUUUAAAGCUGUAGUAACGUUAGAAAAUAGUUUGACAAAGGAUCGUUUUGUUCAAGUAGCAAUGAGAAUGAGAAAAUUAGGGAAUGGACAUUCAUUAAUAUUUUGGAGUUCAAAUGAAGUUCAUCAACAGAGUAUAACAUUGAAGAAAGAUUCAUUCCAUCAAAAUCAAGAAGAAAAUGUUAAUCAUCUCAUCAACUUGAUCGAUAUUCUUCGUUGGGUAUACAAUAACACUAUGCAAUCGACUUGGGAAGGAUUACAUCAUUGGUCCGCACAAAGUUUAAGUUUUCAACAAAAAAUGAGCGCAUCUUUGACUAUUAUUUGGAAGAAUGAUCAACAAUGGUUUACAGAUAUAAUGAUGAAAGAAUUAGCUAGAGAAUGUUUGGAACCGGAAACAACUGAGUUAACACAUAUGGAUGAUGAAGAACAACAACGAGUAUUAGAACAAGAAUUAGAAGAAGAACAACAAUUGAGACGUUCUUCAUCUGUCAUUCCAUGUGAACCUAGACUACAUGAGGAAAUUAAGAAAUUAUGUGACACAUAUGGUGUUAUGCUCGAUUUGGCACAAUUUCCUAAUGUAUUUCGUCAUUUAGCAUAUGCCUUCAUUGACACUACCUUCUCAAGCGAUGGAGAAUCAUUAAAUUCCUUCAUGCGACCACCACGUUGGAUAGUUGUUUAUCGACACCAACAUAGGUUAUUAUUACCUCGUACUAAAAGAAUUCAAUCAAUUUUUGCUAAUACUUAUACUCUAACAAUUCCUCCAUUAAUUGCACCUUCUGAUGACGCCGCCUUUUAUUUCAUACCAAUAGAACAGUUGGUUCAGUUGCAUGUCUUUAAUGGCACUCUUUAUUUUGAAACAGUUGCCGAACAAACAGCUUAUUGCCAUUGUUUAAGUCUAUGUUCUAAACCUCGAACAGAUACACAAGAAAAAGCAUUUGAAGAAAAUCGGAUUACUAUUGGUGGAUUCGUAGGAAAACCAGAGCAUCGUUGUCAUUUACAAAUUCACCAAGCUCGAUUCAAUUUAAAUCCAUUAGCAUUUGUCACACAACUGAUAAAAAAUCGAAAUAAUUCAGAUACUUCGAUACCGUCACAUGUGGGUAGUAUUAUUCUCAACUCGCACAAACUCAUUUCAGUUAAUAAAACAGGAAAAUUAUGUAUUGAAGUAACACCUGUAUCAAACAAUUCUCAUAUAUCCGAAGAAUUAUGUAUUGGUUGUGGUAUAUGUGUGGAAAAAUGUCCAUUCGAUGUGACAACUAUUAUUAAUUUACCAACUAAUCUUGAUAAAGAAACAGCACACCGUUAUGGACCAAAUUCAUUUAAAUUAUAUCGCUUACGAACGCCACGACCAGGACAUGUUUUAGGUCUUGUUCGCUCAAAUGGUACAGGGAAAACAACAGCAUCACAGAUUUUAUCUGGAAAAUUAAAGCCUAAUUUGGGCAAAUAUUCGAUAUUAAAAACGAAAAGAAAUAGUUUUAGUUUUAAUGUUAUACAUUAA